GAGGACAGCAGGACAUGUCUGAGGACAGUAGGACAUGUCUGAGGACAGUAGGACAUGUCUGAGGACAGAAGGAGUGUUGUAGGGAGUGAUAAACACAUUCCAUGAUAUGGACCGGAUAAUUUGGCUCCAUGUACAGAUUUUCAGAUCCAGACUACAGGUCCAGUCCUGGGUCUUUCAGAUCCAGACCACAGGUCCAGUCCUGGGUCUUUCAGAUCCAGACCACAGGUCCAGUCCCGGGUCUUUCAGAUCCAGACCACAGGUCCAGUCCUGGGUCUUUCAGAUCCAGACCACAGGUCCAGUCCAGAGUCUUUCAGAUCCAGACCACAGGUCCAGUCCAGAGUCUUUCAGAUCCAGACCACAGGUCCAGUCCUGGGUCUUUCAGAUCCAGACCACAGGUCCAGUCCUGGGUCUUUCAGAUCCAGACCACAGGUCCAGUCCAGAGUCUUUCAGAUCCAGACCACAGGUCCAGUCCAGAGUCUUUCAGAUCCAGACCACAGGUCCAGUCCUGGGUCUUUCAGAUCCAGACCACAGGUCCAGUCCCGGGUCUUUCAGAUCCAGACCACAGGUCCAGUCCUGGGUCUUUCAGGUCCAGACCACAGGUCCAGUCCUGGGUCUUUCAGGUCCAGACCACAGGUCCAGUCCAGAGUCUUUCAGAAUCUGUUUACCGGACCUCAUCAGAACCAGGCUCGGUUCUGUUUGAUGGUAGCUCGUGCUCACCGAUGUGAAUCUGUGCGCGUGAAACAAACAGCUACGGCUCGGUGCACGCGCAUGGCCACGCUGUGAGCGGGCCUGUGAUUGGCUGCGGCGGAUCAAUCAGUGAUCGUUUAGCCAGAGGUCACGUGACUGCGGCUCAGAUCAGAACCACAUCUGGACCCGCUGCAGUCAGUAGGCCGGUUCGGCCGCAGAGAUGUGGGUCAGUGUGUGCGCGUAACCCGCGUGCGCGGCGCCCCGCCCCCAGAUCAUUGCUAUGAGAGAAAAAUAAAAUCAGGCCGCGAACACUGCAGCUGUGCGCGCGCAGCUCCGUGCAGUGUGUG